UGAGUUUGUUGUAUUUCCUGUAAGUAAUCAGCGGCAUUAGUAUAGUUAUCGUCGUCCCUUCUACGACUGGGACUCUUGUUGCAAACUUUGGCGGGCUUAGUUCUUCCACUGGCGGCUGCUAAGUGGUUCAGUGGCAUUUAGUCGCAAUUUACGCGAUGCGGUUUGAUCUAGUUUUAAAUCCUGUUCUCUGUGAAUAUAGUUUGUGUGAUGAAAAUUUCGCCGAGCGCGCUGGGCGUAGCCCAAUAAGAUGCGCCUCAUAGCGCCAGCUGAGAGGCGGAGCGCUGUCCAUAGAAGCGGUCGAAAGCGCGAUUAACAAGGACCGUUCAACGGUCAACGGUUUGGCAAACUCGGGAAAGAUCGACUAGCUGAAGGAACGACCUGGCUUGCAGCGACCGUGGCUGGUGGAGUGAAGAUUUUCGGUUGGAAACAGAAGUAAUCGGUGACUUCGAUCCUUUUGAGAGAAACAACGACAAUUUCAACAACAAAUUUAAAAGUGACUGGAUUCGGAAAGCGUAUGUAGGCUCGGAAACAAACAACCAAACCUGAGCAAACGAGACGUGUGGUUUCCGACUGUAUUGGAAACAAACCUUCGCUUCACAAGCGCACAUUGCUGAUCUAGCCGUUAAUAAUAACGGGAUAACCCUUUUACUACUGUGUUGUGACCGCGAUGUCUUCUGCGACGCAGCCGCUGAAUUUGUCGGGUGUGGUGGUAACCGAUGUGCGAAGUCUUCAUUGGCGCAUUGGAGCGCAUAUUGGAUCGGGAGGAUUUGGUUCUAUCUAUUUAGCGUGCGAGGCGAAUUCGGGUUUAUUGGAACGCGGGCUGGGUGUCCCCGAGGACACACGGAUGGCCAUUAAAGUGGAACCUCACGAUAAUGGGUCGCUGUUCACAGAGAUGCAUUUUUACCAUCGAUGUGCCAAAUUAGACAAAAUGGAGGAGUGGCAACGGCAGAGAGGGCUCGACUAUGUUGGUAUGCCACGCCUUCAUGGAUCAGGUUCCUUUGUGUUCCGCCGGCAGAGAUAUCGGUUUAUUGUCAUCGACCGAUUUGGAACGGAUCUACAGACAAUCCUCGGUGUUAACGAGGGACGGAUGCCGUUGAAAACGGCACUGACGGUAGCUAUUCGAGUGACGGACAUUCUCGAGUACGUGCACUUUCACGGCUAUGUGCACAAGGACGUUAAGGCGCAGAAUCUUUUGCUUGGUUUUGACGAUCCGAACAAGAUCUAUCUCGUCGACUUUGGCCUCGCGUGUCGGUAUUUCGUUUAUGAGUCGGGUUACGAAGUUCACAAAGAGUUAAAAGAGGAUCUUCGGCGGGCUCACGACGGUACGAUUGAAUUCACCUCACGAGACGGUCACCUUGGCGCGCAUUCUCGCCGCAGCGAUCUCGAGGUGUUAUUGUACAAUCUGAUCUAUUGGAUCUCAGGAAAAUUACCAUGGUCAUCGAACCGCGAAGAUGCGGAAGAAAUUGCCAGCCAAAAGGAAAUUUAUAUGCGGGAUCCGCAAGAACUAAUGGUGGUUUGCUUUGGAAGGAAAGGUGCGCCUCCCUACAUUUUAGAGUUUGCUAAUUAUGUCGCCAGACUCGACUUUCACGAGAAGCCUAAUUACGAGCUUUGUCGUGAAAUGUUUAAACAGGCAAUCCUAAAAAGCGGCUUCCGACACGAUAUGCAGCUUCAGUUUGAAGGGGGCAUCGUCCGUAUACAAAGCAAACGAAAAUGCCGAAAAAGCUUUCGACUUGAGAAGGAAAAACGCAUGCGUGUGGAACAGGAGAGUCAGGCAUCACUGUCGGGUUCAUCAAGUGGUUCGGUGGCGGCAACUCGCUUAAGGCGUCGUACCACGAACGCCGCUGCUGGAACGCACGCGGAAGCCGUUGCGAGCACGUCGGAUGAUGACGACAAUGACAGUUCGCUGAGCGACAGGCCCUCAUCUGUGAAACGGAGCUGUUUCGACUCGCGGCAAAGCAGCGGCCGCAGGACUGGCUCGACGCGCAGCAUAAGUUCGGUCGCGAGUCCUAUGGCGAACGGCUGUCACAAUUCUAAUCCCUUCCCCAUGUUCAACUGCUUCGACCACAAGCCGUCCGGUUUGGAGAACCCGACGCCGGCAAUGCAGUUGUUAAUGGACAAGCUCAAAAUCAAACUUCAUUCCUUAGUGAAUUCUGGUCCUCCCGUGAUGCCGCUUUCAUUUAAGGACAGAAUUCUCGAUGCAGGUGAUCUCUAUAAGGCCGAUAACGUAAUGCGGAGAAGUCGCAGUUACAGUCCUGAAAUUGCGUAGCGGGUCGGCGAUUUCCAAUACCCCUGUCGACCCAUUGUAGCCUAUGGUCUUCCACGAGACUCGGUGUCAAGACGGUGACAAUUUCCAAUCAGAACGGGAAGUCUCUACGAAGCCCUUACACCAAAGCUGUUUUGCGGACACCACUUCAUGCAAUUAGGAAGCGUGAUCCCAAUGACGUGGCUGUGUGGUAUGGCUAACGCAUCUAUCACGUUUGAAACACGCGCGAGUCCGUGUGGCAUUGUGAGUGAGGCCUUUGAAUUUAGGGAUUUCUAUUUACUGAUAUGAUGACCAAACAUAAAUGACACAAAUAGGCAUACAAAAAAACGGAUUGUAGGAACUAAGUAUGGAAGAACUAAUGAAUCGUACGCAUUUUAGACAAAUUGAACUCGGAGUGAAUUAUCAGAAAAAAGCAAAAGUCCUAUUCGGCUUCAGCUAUAAUCGAACUGACAAGACAAAUGACUUUAGCGACGCAAUCAAUCUGUAGGUGUGGUAGCACUUCAAUUGUACGUACAAUCAUCCAGUGUUACUUUUAAGUAUGUUAGAAAGGAGUGGUUAAGUGAUCACUGCAGCCCCUGAGUCGAAUCACGCAAUUACACGACUUUUUCUCAAGACUGAUUUCACGGUCUGAGAUGGUAAAUUUAACUGUGUGCAUAGCCUAUUUAAAUUAUCUCAUUAUAAUUAUUAUUACCAUUAUUUAUUAUUUUUCGAGUGAUUUGUAUUGCGUGGAUCGCUUGCUAUAAAGGUGUGAACUUACAUGGUAAAAUGGUGGAUGCGAUCAUAGAAGACAGACAAACAAAGAUAUUAAGAGCCGUAGUGUUACUUGGAAGCGGUUCAAGAGUAUCUGGCGUCAUAAAACACUUAGUCUUCUAGGCGACUUUUUUACGAUAAAUAGUAACCAAAUUGGAAACGAGCGUUUAAGUCAGCAAAUUUCGACUAAUAAUGAACCUAAAAAAUAGAAAAAUCCUUUGCAUUAUAGCUCAUUGAGAUCUGAAUGAUAAAGCGCGGACCUGCCAAUAAUCGACAAAAAUAACGAGUCUCAGUUUGCUUAAAGCACUUGCAGUAAACUGUAUUUUUGCAGCUUUGAAAAAAGCUGCCUUUGCAAAUGUUGAAGCGAAGCUUGGGCAUAAUUUUUCGGUAAUCCACAUCGGGUAUCCAAAUGCCUCAGAUGCACUGGAUAGCAGUAUGAGUCUCUUUUUAAAAAUAAUUAUUGUUAAGCUGUCUUUCUUCCCAUAAUUAUGUCCCUUUCUGGCUGACAUAACUAUUGGCUCUAUGUGGGUUAUGAUGCAUGGAAAUAUUGUAGGUUUUUUGUAUUAGCCACACUGCGUGGUGGCACAAAGACGAAAUAAUUCCGGAAUCAAAUGAGUCUAUUAUCGAACUGCAGAAGCGUUCUUUUGUCAGUUACAUUUAUAUUUCACACCUGAUAUCCAGAUAACUGAACGAAGUUGAUUCGUUGAGGCGAAUAUUCAUGAACUUACUAUCCUUAUCUGUUACCAUUUUGGUGCGAUGGUGAAUCGAUCCCUAAUCAAUGUCGAUAUCCUGAAAUGCCUAAUAGGCCAGUUGUGUACUUUCUUUUACCCAAUAUCACUACGUGUGGGUAAGCUUUAAAUUGAUUGUUAAAUGAGUACAAAUGAGAAAAUUGUUUUAACGACGUUGAGUUCCACUCAGCUCAGUUGUCUGGUCCCACUGAAAAGGCUGGCUUUGGCGACGAAACAAGUACCAACCAAUUCGAUCAAUUCAAAGUCACAUUAAACAGUGUAAGUGCGAGUAAAAGAAUAACCGAUAUACGAAAAUAAUACUAAUGGCCCUUGAUAUUUGCUAGCCCCAGGAAAGGGAGGGGGGUUGAUGUCUGCGACAUCUUUAAAUCUAUUCUUUUUGUAGCAGUGCAGCGAUGCAUGCACAUAUUUGCAAAAAUAUGUGAACCACUACUCAGUGUAGUGCCGUUGUCAGAUUAAACUUUUUCGACUUUGAGGCACUUUCCAGCACCUAUUAUCGAAAUUAGCAAGUAUCUGGGAAUGAUCGUUUCAGAAGGAGGUGGAUCAAACGAAAUAUUGAGGGUCAACAAUUAUCUGACAGUUUUUUCUCGUGAGUGUGCAUUGCAGCGAUCGAUAACAACAAUUUUAGAUAGGAAUAUCUGAAGAACACCUCCGAAGACAUUUGGAACUCUAAUGAGUACACAAAUUUUCCAAUUUUCAUCGGAUUGCAACCUCCAUCGAUGGUCAAUAGACUCGCAUGCAAUGAAAAAGUUAGAAAACUCGGCUUGAAGCGACAUAAUAUUACUGGUUUAGUGAUCUGUGUAAAGCUACUUCGAAAUGGGAAUUCUUUCUAAAGAUGUCUUGCUGAUCAGCGUUGAUAUAAUACAAUGUCUUUUUGAUUGAAAGAUUCAUAGUUAAAAUGAUCGUUAGAUGGCGGUGUAGCUAAAAAUUAUUACGUAAUGCCGCACCAGAUGGCGCCGCGGCUAAUAAAGUGGGCCGGUUAUGUUGUACAUAUGUUAUAAUUCGUAUGCGCAUUAAUCUAUACAAUAUGAACACAUGAAUAUUUAUGCCCGCACCAAGAAUUGCUAUGAUCAUAGCUACUUUCAAAUGUAUAACAAUAGUAUGGACUCAACAAUAUAAUCGUCCAUAAUCUAUAAGUCUAUAAUCGAUAUGGGUAAUCAUUACGAUUGCCAUCUUUUAGAACAUCGUGCGAAAGGUUCCUACGACAAUACCGUAUGAUCUGGCAUCACAAAAAACAUUACCUGGAGCCACUUGGCUCAUUUCAAGCGCACACAGUCAAGUAAUCCGCUUGCCACAGUCGCAAUAUGACUUGUUAGCGAAGCAUCAAAUACGUUCAGACCAUAAUUCUGUCAUAACAAUGAGCAAGAUUUCACGAAGGAUGUCUGUAAUAAUUACGAUUUCUUUAGCACGACAUUGGGCGCAUGAAAGUAGAGUACAAUAUAAUAGACUAUAUAUAUACGGUUAAAUUGUAAAUAAGGCUGCAUUAGCUAAUAUUUGCCAUUAUAUUUGUCGAUUAUAUUCCUCUUGAAAAAUAUUAAUGCAGAAUUGUUCAUUGAAACAGAUUCGACAUAAGCGUAGGCAUUUAUGCUUAUUAAUUAUUAAAGAUAAAGCUUAAAAAAUGAAUCAAUAAUAUCGUGUAACGUGAAUAUGCUUUAUUAGGGUAAAAUUUAGGGCCCGAUCGGUCACCGCCCAUCAAAAAUUGUUGGACUGAAGGGCGACGGUUGUUCACUUGCUUGGAAAGGCAGAUUGAAAAUAAGAAACAGUGACAACAGUCUACCUGAAGAGCGAUCGCUGUGCAACGAAAAUAUAUUGCGCAAUAUGCGCAAGUCAGCGAGUAUUGGUCAGAAGUGCUAGAAGGCAUUGGGAAGCCGUUAUGGUUCGCCAGUGCAAGUCGCAGGCUUCUAUGUAGUAGAGUUUAUUGUCCGUGGCAAACGAUGAAUAGGAAAGUCAAUCCAGAAUACGUAUUUGUUCGUGGGUCUAUACGUUUAGCCCUGAACACGCCAAACGUUUCGCCUUACGAGAUUUCUUUUGUACAGCUUCGAGGCAGAACCUAGGCGGUCCGCUGCUUGAAAUUGAUGUGAUGCCGUUUGACUCGGGUACCAGUGGGCGAGAGUAGAUUUUUUUGCGAAUCUGCUUGGAUAUGGCUACUAAGAAGGCCACACUGCGUAACUUAAGGUCCUACCCAACAUGUCGUGACGUGCGAUAACGUCUGCUUAAUGUACAGUUGAGCCUGUCCUUAUGGAUUGUUCGUUUCCGAGAAUGCUGCAAUCCCGUUAGUUUGGACAUUUUGCUGGUAUGAAGAGUUAGCGCCUACCGACUCGGUCGAAGUACGGUCCAGCUAAAAUAACGAAUUGUUCUAGAUUAGGGAAGCCGUUGUAGAUCCGAUGUUUCAGACACAUGACUUGAUGCCGAUACCUCCACCGCGGAACAAGACCGCAUUUACAACCGCCUUAAACCACUGGUUGAUGACGGGUCGUCGGCAAUACUUUAUUCUGAGCUAGAAAUUGACAGGCUGAACCGAGCAUCCGGUUCAGUAAAUUAAUAGCGUUUCAGGGAUAUUGCUGUUGGGUUUUGCAACAGUUGUACUGAUGUUAGAUAUGGACAAUGUAUAGAAGAGGAAGUGGUUCGAUGGUUACGACUUACGAAGGGUCACCGGAACUGAAGCUGGUAGAAUUGGAGAAAAAGCUUUUCUUUAUUUAAAAAAGAGAAGCUAACCGAAAUUUGACGCGAUUGGCUUUGUUCGACCGUGUGGUCGUCGACCUGCAUCGGAAAUUUUUGAACACAGCAAAGACCAGUUCAGCAAUCGAUAUGCGUUGCAAAAGACACUCACAUCGGUCUUUCACAUCGUUCUGGGUAAAGGAGCCUGGCUUAAUCGCAUAGAGACAAGUUUUCUUGCGUUCACCCGAAGCAAUUAUCUACGGGCUCGAUAAUACAUCACAAUAUAUAGAAAACGAUGAUAAUUCUGGUGAUCAAAAUGGUGAAGAUGCUAAUAAUGAUGUGGAAUAUAUUGAGGGGAGCUGUGUAAAGAAAUAUGAAUAUGGAUUAAUAACCGAUUGAGUGGCUGAUUGAGUAAAUAACUGAACCUUUGAGCAAACAGGAAGGUGUCCCCGUAAUCGGGAUACCUGAAGUGAGCUCUGAUAAGAAUACUAGACCCCUAUAUUCCAUGUCCUCCCUUGUACGCACACCUAUAGACCGCUUCAUGGAUAAACUAGAUAGAGACAAAGCAACAAGAAAAAACAUAACAAACACAACAUGAAUUCUACAGUAAUUCAUAAAAGUAACGGCAUUAUGAUAAAACAAAACCGAUUUGCCAGUGAUGCUGCCGGGUGGCAACCGGAAUCAUCAAUUCGCAAUCCGAUUAGUAUUCCCGUUAUUAUACUUGUAAUUCGGACGAGGAAGGAAAACAAAAAAAAAACAACAGUAAAAGUUGAAAGACGAAGCAACAACUAAAACAAUAGCAACGGUGUUUUUAUAUGUAACCACUCGACAGGCCCGGACGCAUUUGUGGACGUUAAGGAAA